AUGAGCAAUCAAGUCGCCCACCGCGAGGGUGACACCCUCGAAGAGGAGCCACCCCCGCCGAACCCCUACAAAGCCGGCGAGGAGGAAGUCAUGUGGCACAAAGUCAAAGCCUACCUCCAGGACCCCCGCGGCCCGAAGCCCAUCGUUGCCUGCGCCGUGUGCCUCGAGGAGCUGCGGAUCAAGGGCCUCGGCAGCUCCAAUGACGAGGACACCACCGCCACCACCAGUGGCGGAAGCACCACCGGGAUCUCCGAGUUCGCCGUCGUGCUGCCCUGCGGCCACAUGAUUGGCCUGGGCUGCCUGAAGGAGUGCAACCGAAUUCGGUGGGAGAACGAGCUGCCCUGCCGCUGCCCGACGUGCAACUUCGAGCUCCGGUACCGCGGCUGCUACGACACCAUCCAGGGGAUCCUGGCCCCCGCGGAGGAGCACCACGUGCUCGGCCGCGUCCCGCCCACGGUCCCCGAGGGCGGUCAGGUCCCCAUGCGCUGCAACAGGUGCCGGGCCGCGGGGGUCAAGAGGUCGGCGAGGCGCAUCGGCGACUACAUCUGGAACCCGUAUAUGGAACUUGACGGGGAUGUCCCCACCAGGAGCACGGAGUUUCUGGCAUUCGUGAAGGAGCGGCUGAAGGAGCAGAUGGAGGAGGAGCGGAGCCCCAACUGGGCUGACCGGCGUCACCACCUCUGGCACAAGCUAUGA